AUGUUAGGUUUGGCUGCAUCAGUAUGGACGUCCUCUAUUACCAGCAAAGGUAGGCUCUCUAGCCCCCACAGGACAAGUCGUUACACCACCAUACAGGUCCAAAUCUUUGAGGGCCAAGGGGCCUUGAAAAUGUAUGCCACCAUACCAUUGCGAGGAAGAGGGGUUGCAUCAACGAUAUUCCUCAUGGCAUAUACUCUCGUUUCCCUCAGCCUUUUUAUUAGCCUACGUCGAGUUCCUCUCAGUUCUUCUUAGUUUCUCUUGCUGCUGGGUUCUUAAACUCUUGUCACCAAAUCUAGCAGGUUUUUCUACAGUCAUCGUAGCCAUCUUUUACUAUGUCUUGGGAUAUUCUCACCCAGAUAUCCUCACUACCUCCUGAGCAGCAAGAUGGUAUUCUCAACGGCCCAGCUAUGCCCCCUCCAGCGAACAUGGUGUCCAACCUGCAGAAUCCUCCAAACAGCAACACUUUAGCUCUGGCCACGAUCACUAUCUCCCUAAUCGUAGUAACGUUCGCCGUACUUCUACGGGCAUACGUGAAGGUUUUCAUAUAUCGCAAGCUAUUCCUAGAAGAUGCUCUUGCUUUCGUAGGAUUUUCUAUGGUAUUGGCAUAUGUAUACUGCUCCUACCGCGUACUACACCAAGUAGGCUUUCUCAUACAUCAGUGGGAUAUAAGCGUUAGGAAUCUAUAUGACGCUCUCUAUGUGGGGAAUAUGGCAACUUCCUUCUAUUUAAUCGCCAUUUCGACCUUGAAAGUUGCCAUCCUCUUGGAAUGGAAUAAGAUAUUUGCUCCGAACCAUACACCCAAGUCUUUCUAUUGGAUAUGUUACAUCCUCCUUUGGGUGAAUAUUAUAUAUUACGUUAUAACCGUCGUUUUCUCGAAUAUCGUCUGCUUUCCGACUAUGGAUAUAAUUGAUAAGUCGAAUCCGAGCCUCUGUCUCAACAAGGCAAUUGCCGAGGGAGUUUCUGCUACCAUCAAUCUUGUCUCGCAUAUCCUAAUCUUCGCCCUUCCCCAGAGGAUCAUAUGGAAUUUACACAUGACAAUCAGGAAAAAGAUUGGUGUAUCCUUAGUAUUUGCCUUUGGUUUACUGGUUGUGGUGACAGGUGUCUGUCGAUUAUCUGCGACAAUGCAAUAUUUCACCAGCAAAGAUGUCAUAUACAUUGGAUACAAAGUUUACCUUUGGUGCGUAGCCGAGUUAACGUUUGUGGUCCUAGUCUUUUGCGCUCCUGUCAUACCUAGGAUCGUCAGUAAAGAGACGCAGGUCAACAAAACCUUCGAAUUAUCCCUAUGGUCGAGAUUGUUUACUGGACGAUCUAGAACCAGCAAGGUCCCUACGCAGGUUGACAUAGAAAGACAUCCAGCAGCUUCUGAUAACACAUACGAGAGGAUUGAGGAGAUCGGUAAUCCGCCCCUUAGGGACUUGGAGCUGCGGAACGGAAAUUGGAAUACCCAGGUAGUCUGUUCGGCUGGACAACUUCACGCGGAUCGCGAUAAUUCGCCACCUCUCAAUAAUAAUCAGGGAGGAAUCCUCCGCACAGUGUAUAUUGAGACAUGCGAGGAACGCUGCAAUGACGGUACGGCACCAAAACACCACGAUUCCAUGAGAUCAUAGGCCCGACAGCGACUGUGGAAUUGCUACUGUGCUGUGCUCAUCACUAAAUCGAAACUUCAGCUACCUAAGAAGGAUAUUUGGGGGAGAAGUCAGGGGAUGUGUUAUGAU